GGCGCGCUCUGCGAUUCCGCGACGUACUUUCCUAGCGUUAGCCGACCUCCAAGAUUUCCGUCAGAAAGGAAAUGAAACUUGGUCAGAUUUCAACGCGAUUACUUUUUGUAAUAUUCAAUCAACAUCUUUCGCGCGCUUCCACGAAACAAAAAAGAGUGAUCUUGGUACGAUAGCCGUCGCAUUUAUGGGCAUUUAAGAUAUUGCCCUGUUCGCGUCAGAUUCCAACGUAAUGUAGGAUUUACACCGAUUGGGCCUAACUACUUGUUCUGCGAUCCUUAUGUAACCUGAAGUUAUGACGUACAGCUCUCACUAUGGUGAGCAAGAGAGGCAUGGCCGCAGUCCGGCUAGGCGACCUGACGCGUCCGUUCUACGCGCACUCAGACCCCAGGACGCGUGACUGGUUCCUUGUCGGGAACCCGGCUUUCAUCACGCUGCUCAUUGGUGGAUACCUGUACAUCGUGUACCGUGCCGGACCGCGAUGGAUGGCCAACAGAAAACCCUUCGACCUGAAGCCUGUAAUUCGCGUCUACAACGUCGGCAUGAUCGUGGCCAAUCUUUACUUCGGCUAUAUCUUCCUGACCAACAGCUACCUUGGUGGAAAUUACAGCUUCUUUUGUCAGGGGUUGACGUAUACGUCGGACAAGCACAGCAUGGCCAUCCUGGGUUACGGUUACUGGUACUUCUAUGUGCGCGUUGCUGACUUCAUGGACACUUUCUUCUUUGUGCUUCGCAAGAAGGAAAACCAGAUAACGCUGCAACACACGCUUCACCACACCUUGGUUGUCUUCAACGGGUGGCUGUGGUUCGCGUUGGGCUGCGACGGCCAGCCCAUGUUCGGCAUGUUAUUUAAUAUGUGUGUCCAUGUUAUCAUGUACACGUACUAUUUCCUCGCCGCCUGCGGUCCAGAGUACAGGAAGUACCUCUGGUGGAAGAAACACCUGACGACCCUACAGAUUUAUCAACAUAUCAUCAUCAUGAUCCACGCGCUGAUUCCCAUAUUUUACGACUGUGGUUACCCACGGAUCUACCUUUACAUCGGCAUCCCGCAAGGCCUGCUCGGACUGGGCUUCUUCCUGCGCUUCUACGUCCUCGCGUACACCAGAAAAGGCGGUGUUCCGCAGGGAUACGACACUAAUCUGUGCAUACUCAAGGAAGACUGAUCCUUCUUCGACAUCUGUGCCCGCUAGUCAUUUACUCUCUCUCAAAUGGAAAUAAACCUUCGAUGACCA